CGCGGCGCCGCGGCUCCAAGUUUUGGGCUUGCACCGAAUGAGCGCGGCACGCACGGGCAAGGGUGCUGCCCCACCUCACCGCCGCGGGAAACCAGAGCUUCUGUGGGGCGCAUCAGCAGCUCGCGUACAACUCUGAUGCGAGCGUGCGUCAUGUGGCCGUAGCUUUUUGACCCUGGCGACCCUUGCUGUCUGCCGUGCGCAAACAUACAGACGCGGUGCGGCAGCGCUGUGCAUCUUGCACGAAUUUGCUGGCCGACGCGCUCCGCUGCUAGCAAAAUCUAAGGCCUCGUUUGUGUUGUUCCUGCGUCUCCAAGCAAGCAUCGAAACCCCCCUCCUCAUGGCACGUGAUUUGUGGGAGAUCAAUCCUUAGUAUUCCUCUCCCUCCAAUUCGAACCAAUUGCCCUGACCAAAAGCACCGUUAGCUCACACGGUCCAUGCAGGCCUACACUUGUAGCGCUGCCGAUCUGCAGCGGCCAUCAAUCUCCUUGGUUUGUUUUGUUCAUCCGCUUCAGUGCAGCAUUUCCUCCGGUUCCCAAUAUAACUCCUCUCUUCAUCAGUGCUCCUCCCAAAGCCUCAGCUACCAGCCGAGCCAGUGCACCAUCAUCCUCCCAGCCUCCCCCCAGUCCCGCCCGGGUCAAGGCGAUCGCCAGCAACAAAAAAACGGCUGCGCUGCAGUCCACAGGGCGCGCAGCCGGCCAGCCGCGCACGCGCACCAACUCCCCUGUCUCGGCGCGGCGGCAGCCUGCCCGCGCCAGACUCCGGUCUCUGUCCCUGUUCCCCUGCUCAGCUCCCGCCAGUGGCACCAUGCCGGCGCCCAAAUGGUUCCAGAAGCUCAGGAGGAGGAAGAAGGGCAAGCAGCAAGCCGCGGCAUGCAGAAGCCAAGCCGCCGACGCCGACGCGGCGGCGGCUGCGACCACAUCGGCGGCGCGCGCGGAAAGUCGUCCGAGCGGCGGCCAGCGCCCGUCGCCGCUGCCGGCGGCGUGCGCCGUGUCGCCGAACAGGGCGUCCUACUACUUCGCCAGCGCGGACCGCGCGCGCCAGGACAGGGAGCUGCCCUGCGCCGCCGACGUGGCGCUGGACGUCCGCGUCGACGUGGUGCACCGCCGCGCGGGGGACCGGCGGCUCGGCGGCCUCGACGCGCCGCCCGGGACGCCCGAGCUCAAGCUGCGGCGCAUCGUCACGAGGCACGCCGCCGCCGACGCGUGGGAGAGCGGCGGCGGCGGCGGCCUCAGCAGCGCCAGCGCGACGACGUCGGCCGCCACGACGCCGUCGACCAGGGCGCGCGGGUUCCACGUGAAGCCGGCCGGCGGCCGGAGGCGGCAUCAUCGGCGGCGGCGCGACCACGACGGAAGCGUGAACAAGAAGGGCAAGGCGCUGGCGUCGGACGUCGACGCGGAGGCGUCGCCGCUGCGGCGGCACGGGGACGCGAUGCGGCGGCGGUGGCUGUACGAGAGCCUGGUGGUGGUGAAGGCGUCGUCGGACCCGGAGCGGGAGAUGGCCGAGAGCAUGGCGGAGAUGGUGGUGGCCAACGGCAUCCGGUCGUCCGAGGACCUGGAGGAGCUCCUGGCGUGCUACCUCGCCCUCAACGCCGCCGAGCACCACCGCGCCGUCGUCGCCGCGUUCCGCCACGUGUGGUCCCUCCUCGCCAGGCACAGGCUGCUCGUCUAGCUCGCAGCCUGAGGCUCCUAACACUUUUCGAAUCCGCGUCGUGCAGCAGAACACACCGUAUUGCCUGUGUGAGCUGUGACCAUCGAGCGCGCAUGACAGCGUGCCCGGAUCUCGCCGUGUUCAUACUCCAUGUCGACCGUACA